AUGCGGGAAGUAGUGUCAAUGCAAGCACAGACCGCAGCUCCACAUGAGCAGCCCGCCACACGUGAGGUGCCAGUGCAGGCCACGCCCAUCACCAUGAAUGGUCAACCUGUUACGCUAGAGUCCUUUAUGCAAGAGGCAGUGAAGGCUUUGAGGCAGGUGGAGGUGAGCCCGGGCACGAGUGCGUUGGAGUUGAUUUCGCGCUUCGAGGAGAGAAAGCUGGCGGAAAUUGAGCAACUCAAGCGCCACACCGAGGAAGGCAGGGACAGGAUUCGUCAGGCCAGGAUUGCACUUGAGAAGAGCUGGUGGGAGCACUUGAUGGACUACGCCCGUGAUGGCGUUUCCUGCUCAGGUGAUGCGGGCAACGAGUCAUUGUGGGACAUGUUGCGCAGUGCUUUGCCCAACCUCAACAGGAGGAGGAGGAAGGCGCUACAGCAGUCAAGGCAUUGGAUUGUCCACUUGUUUGCAGGCCCGCGCCCUCAUAAGACCUUUGCACGGCGUGAGCGUGAUGGCACAGUUGUGUUGGAGCUUGAUGUGACUCAGUGCGCAGCGCAUGAUUUGAACCGUCUUUCACUUUGGUCACUCCUGCUUAAAGCGGCGAAGGAUGGGCGCAUUGCAGCAGUGAUUGGUGGCCCUCCUUGUCGCACUAUGUCCCCUAGUGAGCCGUGUGGGUUGAGCGAUCUCAGUGCUAGUGAGCGUGCGUUGGUGAACAAUGACACGGGGCUGUUUGCUCGGAUGUUGUUCUUGCAUGCAACAGCGACGGCCGGAAGGCGUGUCCAUCGUCAGUCCGUGCACCAUUCGUCGCAGGUGGCAUUCUUACUUGAGCAACCUCAGCCUGUUGAUCGCUAUCUUCCUGUUGGCCAUUCGUUGGUUGGUGAGGUUCCCUCGUUUUGGCACACAAACUUGUGGUGUGCAUAUGCAUUAGAGGCAGGUCUUUUCGAAGUCGAUUUUGACCAAGGUGCCCUAGGACACGCAACCACAAAGCCAACCACAAUAGGCACCAACCUUCCUGACCUGAGGGGCUUGCAUGGCCUCCGGAAGGAGUGUCCUACACUGGCAUGGAAAGGCGACUCAAAGGACUUAGCCGCGUGGGCGCCGCAGUUUGUGCAAGCUGUUGUUCAUGCGUUGCAAUGUUGGCCCCGCUACCAGCUAUGCCGCAUGACGCCCGAGGACUGGCAACGACAUGUAGAAAAUAACCACGUUCCAUACCGUAGGGAUUGUGGAGUUUGCGUACGCGGCGCCGGCACCGGCCGUAGGCAUCAAGGAGUCACACAUCCAGAUGUGUAUUGCCUGUCUGCCGACGUGGCUGGCCCCAUCAGAGUUGAUGGGUUCGAUGAUCCUUUACUCCACCCUGGCGGGGAGGACGAGUUAGCCGACGUUGUUGUGGAAGGCCCGCCGGAGCCAGAGCACCGCCCUGACGGGAAGGAUGUGCUGCCCGAGGGUCCUACAAGUGAGUCUGAAAAUGACGCGUGUAAAGAAGCAGGCGCGUUACGCGUAGCAGCCGCAAAGGCCAAGGCCAAACCAAGCAAACCCAAGGAAGAACACCCUUGGGAAAGGGCCAAGUGUGAGUUUGAAGCUCCGCCAGGCCUAGCUAGGUUGGUGUUUGUUGUUCCGCUGCACACAAACAAGAGCGAGGCAGUGCUAGAGGCGCUACAACAAGUGUUCCUAGAACUUCGCUCAUUGAACCUUACUGUGCUGCGCUUCCACUCGGAUAGAAGUCGGGAGUUCUUUAACAAAAGGACCCGAGCUUGGUUUCACGAGCACGGGGUGCGUACCACCACAGCUGAAGGAGAUACGCCGCAGCAAAACGGAGCAGCUGAGAACACCAUCCGCUGGUUAAAGGCUAGGGCGCGCACGCUCCUCGCCCAGGCCGAAGUUGGAACAGAGCUGUGGGCAUGUGCAAUGGCCACUGCGGCAUCGCAGCAACGUGCGCAACAGCUUGGCCUCAAGUCCAAGCUUGCAGCUCCGUUUGGGGCACCGUGCUCUGUGAAACUUAAGUUUUACGGACCUUCUAGGGGUGACUUAGGGGAUAGGUGGGUAGAUGGUAAGUACAUGGGGUUGUCGCCUUCUGUGAAUGAUGGCCACAUCGUCCUACGCAACGACAGAGUGGGCAACGGUUUCCUCCAAACACUCCAUGUGCGCUCACGCCUCCAUUCGCCAGAGAUGCCAGACCGCGUGUUUGAGGGCGAUGUGAGGGAGCCUGCGCCGCUCGAGCCGGCAAGGCGUGUGCGUGGGAAGUCCGAGCCAGCGCUUGGCGAGCCACCUCUGCCGCCGCCUCCUCUUCCACCGCCGGAAGGUGAGUGCGUGCCCGCCGGCCUGUACCGACACGGUGGUGUAGUAGGCACCACGAGCGCAACAAACUCUUACCCCUGGCUCACAGAGCUGAUGGCCGCGACGCUCCUGUCUGCAAGUCCCGAGGCCGAGUUCACAAGUCUUUGGCUGUCCAAUACGAACCCCAUGUCCUUGCAUGCAGACCACAACAAUGUAGAAGGGUCUGUCAACGUAGUCUUUCCACUCAAGCUCCCUCCUGAAGGCGGAGACUUGUGGGUAGAACUGCGAGCAGGAGAUGUUAUCCACGGCUCUGUCGAGCAACGAGUUGACGGUACAGGAAAGAAGUGGUUGGGCACAACGCACAGCCUGCAGAGAGGCAAGCUUCCGCUCCCUGCUUCAGCACGCUUGCCACUCACAACGCAGCAAGAUGUCAGGCGCUUGGACGUGUUUGACAUGUUUGAGGAGGGUCCCUUAGAGCUAGCAGGUGAAGACUGCCCGAAGAAAGUAGAGAAGGGUGGGGGUUGGAAAGAGACUCAGAAGGUAGAGGCUGGAACUGUAGAGCUAGAGGUCUCGUGGAACCUCAAGCACACUCCGGUGCAGCACGAGCAGACACCUUGCGUUCUGCAGACCCUGGAGCCAAAGCCCCAUGCGCAGGUCGAGGAGGAGUCCUGGCCAGAACAGCCUGUGCAGUGGGAGGUGUGGCUUCCAGACCCCCAAAGUGGCCAGCAACUGUGUGCACUCCGGUCUGACGACCUGGACCUGCGUCUUUGCAAGUCCGAGCCAGUGUAA